AUAAAAUGGAAAAAGAUAUCUCAAAUGUAAGACUUGAUCAUAAGCGUACCAAAAAGAUUAACCUUAAAAUUCAGAGAGGUCUGAGGCAAGGCGGAUUAAAGAAAUUCAUCGCAUAUGAUAAUAUUUUUAUAAACUUUAGUAGCAACCAAUGGGUGAUAAAGAUGUGAGAUAAUGAUCUUGUACUCAAAAACCAGAGAUUUUCAAUUGUGCAUGUGGCAGGAUUACCCAGACGGAAGAAGAAUGAACUAAACAGAAUACUUGAAAGAACUCUUAUCUGUGAGAAAUUAAGACUUGACGUUCAGUUGGAUAAGUGGAACCUAUCUAAAUUCAAUUUUUACAAAUAAUGCUAUCUUCAAAGCUCUUUCGUGAGUAAUGAAGGAAUUAGUUCUUUGGCAAUUCGAAAUUGAUAGAAAAGGUCUCCAAGGGAUUAUUUCAGCAGGAUCACAUUUAGAAAGAAUUUAUAUGAUACAAUGAAGGAUUUACUCGGAAGGAUGCAGUUUUAGAGAUGACAUCAAAUACGAAAUUUAUCGUUUAGGAUUCGAUUACAGUGGAGAGCAAAGAUACAGCAACUGGGAGACGCAUAGAGAUAGACUUGAAGAUUUGCUUAAAGCUAUUUCUGAGAGUUCCUUGAAAGACUCUUUGGAAGUACUAUCCCUCCUCCAAUGCAUGAGCAAGCCCAAAGUCAUCACAAAGAUAGUCAAAAAGUACGGUCUCACCAAAAUUCACACAUAGCCCUCUAAAAAUCCAGUCCCUUCAACAUUGUAUC